ACAGCUUGUGGCCUGUGUUUUUUUUUUUCCAGUUAAAGUUUGACAAACUUUUUGAUAAAGUUUUGUACAUUUUGGUUUUGGUAGGUGAGCCAGCCGGACUCAGUGGAAGUGACUCAGCUACUUUACAGUAGGUUAGCUAAAGGUGUCACUUUGAAGAAAUUCCUUGUUAAGUCAUGGAGCAAACGGGCUCUUACCCUGUGAUGUUGUACAUUUACGACAUAUCCAAAGGCAUGGCCCGUCAGCUGAGUCCUCUCAUGCUGGGGAAACAACUUGAUGGAGUAUGGCACACCGCUAUUGUGGUCCAUGGAAAGGAGUACUUCUUCGGAGCAGCAGGCAUCGACAGUUGUUCACCUAGUGGCACUGUAUUGGGUGAUCCUGACUCCGUAGUGGAUCUGGGCUCCACUGAGGUGCCUGAAGAGAUAUUUAAGCAUUAUUUGACUUCGCUGGCAGAGUCAACGUACAGAGGUGACAAAUACAACCUGUUUGAGCACAACUGUAACACUUUCAGCAGCGACGUGGCUCAGUUCCUCACAGGCAAAAAGAUCCCGUCGUACAUCACCGACCUUCCAGCUGAAAUACUUUCCACGCCUUUUGGUGAAGCUCUCCGUCCCUUACUGGACUCUGUCGCCAUUCAUCCUGGAGGCAACAACAUAAGUGGACAACAAUAGAUAAGACUUGAAUUCAAGAGAAAGUACUGUCAUAUGUGGGCUCAGGUGAGACCACCAGCAACAUCUUGAUCACAUCUCUCCUUUUGAAUACACAGCUUCGUCCUUUAAUAAGGUGCCUUUGUAUGACAGUCGCCACAUAUCCCUCAUCACUUCACCUCCUUUUGGUGAAGUGUAGAUGUACCGUGCACAUCUUGGCUUCACAGUUUAGAUCCUGUUUUGAUCUCCAGGGAUGAUGUUUGUUGCAAAUUAUCACAUGUCUUCAAAACGUUUGUUGCUUCAUCCUCUGUUUUAAAUGCGCGCUAAAGAGACUUUUAAGACAGCCACAAGGCCACACACUGUUUACCCUAAAAUACCGACAUGUCCUCUUGACAAACUCCUUUUGACAUAUGUUGAAUAUAUAUGAUGGUAUUUGUUGAUCCAUUCUCUAAUUAUUCUUUACAACAUGUCAUCAUUAGUUUAAAGUCUUUAGUCCGAGGUCAUUAUUUUGACAAGACUGCAGUCCAAGAGAAAAGCCAUCAUUAGUUAAAGGAAGAAAACAGCGUCCUGUAAAACCAUUCUGUUGGUCAUACUCCUCAUUCAGGGUUUCAUAAAAUACCAUCAAACCAAAUCUAAAGGUUUGACACUUGUAUACACAUAUAACCUCAGAGAUGCUUCAUUCAAAUACAGGACCAAUUCUCUGUACAUCAGUCUGUUUCUUUACUCUACAUGACUUUAACAACUCUACAUUUAACAACUUUAUACAGACAUACUGAUUUAUAUCCAGCGUUUGUAUCUGAUAUAACUUAAUAUCAAUGUUUUGUACAGCUUCUAUUGACAUGAAUAAGCUAGUCAUAGUUAGUUAUAUUUACAGACGGUGUUAAGCUAACAGCAUUAGCCUUUAAUCCUUCCUUGACGUAAAAAUAAAGUUUAUUCCAUCAGUGUUUGUACCCUCAGAUUAUGCUCCUUUCUUAUUAAACUAUAUGAUACUUGUAUACGUUUUGUUUAGUAUAAUAUUAUUAAGCCUACCUGAUAAUGCUACAGGGUGUCUGCAAGUAGUUGAAAAUGAUACAUUAUCGGAAAUGUAAUUGUUUUAAAAUGCCAUUAAAGUCACCUGUAAUUUUUAAAAAUGUGAAAGUGUAAGAUUUGAUGGGAUCUCAUUUUUUUAAAUUUUGCACUGAAGUGACUGAAAUGUGUAAUAGGUGAUUCUAAUCGUGGAUAAUGUAUUUGAGUUAAAAUCUUCUUUAUAUACAAGAUGAUCAUUGGAGAGAAAUCUAGAGAUUAUUUUUGAUUAGAAAGGCGUCUUCUGAUCAUCAGAACUAUGUUGGAUUUGACACCCUGCACUUUGUUAUAUAUGUGAAACUUAACUUGAGUUGUGACAUUAAAAUACUCUUUGUAUCUUAAA